AUGCUCCUCCAAAGAGUACCCGUGCUGUGGAAGACGUCCUGCCUCGUUCCGGUGCCAAAGACGUCGCGCCCUAGCGACCCUCAGGACUACAGACCGGUAGCACUGACGUCCCAUAUCAUGAAGACCUUUGAGAGGCUUGUCCUGGAGCAGCUAAGGCCCAUGGUCAGGCCCUUCACUGAUCCACUACAGUUCGCCUACCAGCCCCGCCUGGUAGUUGAGGACAGCAUCAUCUUCCUGCUGAACAGAGUCUACAAUCACCUGGACAAGCCCGCGAGCACUGUGAGAAUCAUGUUCUUUGAUUUCUCCAGCGCCUUCAACACCAUCCGCCCGGCUCUACUAGGUGAGAAGAUGACUGCGAUGCAGGUGGAGGCCCCCAUCGUGUCCUGGAUUGUUGAUUACCUGACGGGCAGACCACAGUAUGUACGCCUACAGAACUGUGUGUCUGAUAGGGUGGUCAGCAACACUGGGGCGCCUCAGGGGACUGUCCUCUUCCUCUUCACCCUUUUCACCUCGGAUUUCAGCUAUUGCUCUGAGUCCUGCCACCUUCAGAAGUUUUCUGAUGACUCAGCAAUUGUUGGCUGCAUUGAAAAGGGUGAGGAGAGUGAAUACAGGACUGUGGUGGGCAACUUUGUCACUUGGAUUUCAGAGACUUUCACUGUUUCAGUGAGGUCUCCUAUCACAGUCCAGCGAGGCCAAACAGCCAUCUUACCCUGCUGGCGCAGUUCCUCUCAGAGUGCAGAAGAUCUAGAGGUACGCUGGUAUUUGGGGAGUGAUGGAUUUGAUACUCCAGUCAUGCUUUAUAAGGGAAAAGCUUUUGACCAAACAUCCCAGAAAGCUUCAUACGCUGGCCGAGUCUCAUUUGGCUUAAAGGAAGGAACAUCAGGAGGGUUAAAGUCAGGUGAUGUCAGCCUGAAGCUGGAGAACGCCAUGAUUGAAGACACAGGAACCUACUCUUGCUUUCUCAGCAGCACUGAGGAUUAUGACAGUGCUGCUGUUAGUCUGACAGUGACAGAAACUGGACGUCAUCCUCUCCUUUCAGCAGUGAUUAAAGACGAUAACAAUGUUAAUAUAAGCUGUGAAUCUGAAGGCUGGUAUCCAAAGCCUGAGCUGCACUGGUCAGAUGGGAAAAAAGCUCUCACUCCUGUUGUUGUGGUGUUUGAGAAAACCUCUAAAGGGCUUUAUUCAGUCCACAGUUGGCUCCUCGUCCCCAGUUUGUCUGAGGUCUCCUGUUCUGUUGGGCUUCCUAAUGAAAUGCCAAAGGAGGCCAGAAUUCACAUUAAACAUUCACCAUAUAUACAAAAAGGCUCCUCAGCUGGAUGGGUGGCCUUUGGGAUACUUCUAGCAGCUGUAUUAGCUGCUGGUGGAGCACUGUACUUCAGAAACAAAGCUCUAUCAGAGGCUUCCAAACACUAUGUGAAUGUUCAACCGGUGGACACAGGAAACCAGCUGAUUAAAAUGACCGGUUCUUUAUUCAGAGAUAAUGGUAACGCAGGGUUUCCAGAUGGAGACAGAGUUACCUGUCUCACAGCAGUCACAGGAUCACCUGGCUUCUCCUCUGGACGACACUACUGGGAGGUUUCCUUAGUACCCUUAUCAAAUGUAAAUACAACACUGCCACCUAAGAAAUCCUGGUGGAUCGGAGUUACAGAUAAACAAGAAUUCCCUAAAGAUCAAAGUUUUCCUCUAUCCAUAAAAAAUGGUUUCUGGUUCCUUUUUUCUCGUCCUGAUAAAGAAAAUGGUGUUCAGUUUAACAGUGAAAAACAUAUAUAUUUUCCUUUCAAGUCAACAUUAAAAACAGUCGGUGUUUAUUUGGACUACGACAGUGGAGAGCUCUCCUUUUAUAAUGUGGAAGAAAAAUGUCUGAUUGGAUCUUUGAGAACCAAAUUUUCAGGGGAAAUGUUCCCACUUUUUAAUCCUGGGAAAGGUGACAAAUCAUCUAUGGAGAUAAUACUGAGACCUGAGCAGGAUCAGUCAUAUAACAGCUCCCAAUGA